CAUGGCGGUGUGUCAUCACUUGCAUCGAGCCAAUUUUCUUCAAAUGCGUAGAGAUCCUCCUGCAACAUAUUUUUCCUCGCGAAAACGAAUGAUGACAAGUCAAUGAAAUGAGGGGUUCCAGAGAAGAAAAAGCGGAUUCAGCCUCUUCGGGUGAAGAUGAGGAAUCAUUGAGAGAAUUGAAACAAGCAAUUCAGGCAAGCAGUAAAGGAGCAAAAAAGACCAAAAACAAAAGUCAACUUCAUGAACUGUGCACAGUAAAUGGGAUCAAAUUUGAAAAGCUUCAGAAAGGAGCAGGAAAGAAUGUUGCUAGCCUGGAGAUGUUCUUCUCUGGAUUUCCCAAGAUUAUUGGUAUGGAGAACUUCCCAGAUCUUCAAAAUUUAACUCUGAUGGGACAACAGAUUACAAUGCUGGAGAAUCUGGACUGUUUGCCAAACCUUACAGAGUUAUGUGUGUCUGAAAGCAAGAUAACUGCUAUCUCUGGCCUUGAUGGCUGUAAGAAGUUGAAAAAGCUGUUCUUAUAUGACAACAAGAUUACAAAGAUUGAGAAUAUUUCUCACCUGGAACAGCUGAAUGUUUUAUGGCUGAACAACAACAAUAUCAUUGCAAUUGAGGGCUUAGAGAAGCUUCUUUAUCUCCUUGAUCUGAACUUGGCAGGAAAUAAGAUUACAGAAAUUGGGAAUUCUCUCAAUGGAAACUUAAAUCUAAAAACUUUGAAUUUGUCAGCAAAUUGCAUUGCAUCCUUAAAGGAUCUUACAAACUUGUCACAGCUGCCAUGUUUGGAGUCUCUAAGUUUAAAAGACCCUGUGUACGGGCCAAACCCAGUGGCUUUGCUGUGCAACUACUCAACACAUCUCUUGUUUCACCUGCCAAACCUGAAAAGAGUGGACUCCUACAAUGUGGACGAUAAAACACUGAAGGAACUGGCAGAGACCACAGUGGUUAAGAAGAAGAUGUAUUACAACAUGCGCGUGAAGACGAUGCAGAGAAACAAGGCUGACUUGCUUUUCAGACUGGAGACUGAGAGAGCAACUCUUCAGGCUGAACCCAGGAACAGAAUGCUUAAACUCUUUUCAGCCGUCAAAGAUAUAGAGAGAGAGGUUGAGGAACAAAGAGAGGGAUUGUCAUCAUCUUUUAAAGAAAACAAAAAUCCCAUAAGUCCUGUUGCAGGGGACGAGGGGAAGAAAGAAAACUUGGAAGAGAAAGAGACCCUAGCGACUGAUACAAUGAUGUUCUUACAGACGCUGCAAAAGAAGAAGGAAGCACUGCUGAAAAGAAUUUCGAAACUACAGAGACAGCGUGAAGAGUAA